ACUCGCAAUGCAUAUGAAGUAAUAAGCUAGAGUGCAACGGUUUCACUGCAGAUUCUCUCUCUCACCAAUUCUCUUUGGACAUUGAAGAUAAUGGCCUCCUUCACAGCUAGCACUCCCACCUCAUCUGUCACCAGGGCAGCCCUUGUGCACAAGCCAUCUGUUGGGGCUCCAUCCUCAACUAUUCUAGCUUUGCCAUCAAUUGGAAACAAGGGAAAGGUGAGAUGUUCAGUGGAGGCAAAGCCCCCAAUGAAGGAGAGCAACUCAAACAUUGGGAUGAGUGCAUCUCUGGUAGCUGCAGCUUUGGCUGCAACCAUGUCAAGCCCAGCAGCCAUGGCUUUGGUGGAUGACAGAUUGAGCACAGAAGGAACAGGGCUUCCCUUUGGUUUGAGCAACAAUCUUCUCGGGUGGAUCCUUCUUGGUGUGUUUGGUCUCAUCUGGGGACUCUACUUCACCUACACUUCAGAUCUUGAAGAGGACGAGGAGUCAGGACUAUCCCUCUAGUUCAAUUAAGCCAAAAACCCCAGUAUUCCUCACGGAGGAAUGUAAAAAUUUCUAGUUUCAAGGAGUUUGGCUGUUAAUGUUCGUGUUUUAUAAGUACUGAAAAGCUUCCUUCUCUGGAUGGAUCCAACUUGUGUACUUGAUUAUCAACUAUUAUUCAUCAGUCAUUUCUCUACUUUAUUUAUCA